AUGCUGAUAAAGAGAACAAAGUGCAUGGAGGAACUGAGCUGGAGCAGGAAAACAGCAAAGUGGAUCAGUGCAGUCAGAGGCUUUCGUGUUUGAUCAAACCCGACAUUGGGAAGGUUGACUUUGUUCCUCUGAACUUCAGGAUGAGUCUGAUUCAACUCUUCAUACUAUCUACCUGCUGCUGGACUGCAGCUGCCAGGUACAUCUGGUCAGAUGUGCCAAAACUCCUGCUGGAAUACGUAGAAAUCACAGAGGGAGAGGUCCUGGAUGUGGGCUGCACAGUUCCCAUUGACUACGGGGAAGGGGUCUGUCGCUUAUUCAGAGGAGACUCUGAUUACCCCUUUGCCACGGUGAGAGCUCAGAGUUAUUCCUGCAAUUUCCAUGUGGGAUCAAGCCAGCUGCUGGGACACAGGCCGGUGGGCAGCAAGAUCUCCAUCAGGUGUGACUACAAGAUCCAGGAUUUCAUCUCACAGUCGAGCGACAGCAGCUACAUCAUCGUCUGGGGAACCAGACCCAGUCCCAAACUAUCGGUCAGCCGCCACUUCAUCCCACUAGACGACAGCAUCGAGGUCACCUGCUCCCCUCCGGUGACCUCUGUCUCCCGUUGUUACUUUUACAAAGACGGGUUCCAGUUUUGGGGAGAAUCUUGCAGCAGGAACUUGACCGGCCAGGCGCUGGCCGUCUACCAGAAGCUCGACCCUCUUCUUCCAGUCAACCUGAGCUGCACCUACGACCCUGUAACAACACACUACAUCCGCUCCCAAUACAGCAACCACAUCUCAGUGUUUGUAGUCGACAUGAGUAAAGUCUCCUCAUCCAUGGAUUGUGAAGUGUCUGGGCCUCAGUAUCAGCUGGAGAACAGCAGCUGGACCACAACAGGAACCAACGGAGCGAAUGUCACUGUUCGGGUGACCAACAGCACCCUGCCGUCUGGACACAUCUGCACAUAGAUUCAAACUGUAUCAAAUAUGCCAACGAUGAACAGCUUGAAGUCUGGAAACGUUUUCUGUCAUGUUGUAGCUACAAGACUGCUCUUGUAAAAUAUAAAAAAAACUGUAAGAAAUUCAUUGUAAUGCAUUAGAAUAUGGAGCUAAAGUUUUAUCCUCAAAUAUACAAAAAAACAAAAAAAAAUCUAAUUUUUUUUUUUUAAAUAAAAAGAAAUGUAAAGAGUGUUUAA